AUGGAUUUUCAACACUUGGUUUUCUUCUUUCUAUUUAUAUCCUUCCUCUUCCUUCUAAUUCAAAAAUGGAGGAAGCCGAAAACCCGGCUUCCUCCAGGCCCAUGGAGGCUACCUAUUAUUGGAAGUGUGCAUCACUUGACAAGUGGAUUACCACAUCAAGUUCUCAAAAAGUUAUCUCAAAAAUAUGGUCCUAUGAUGUACUUACAACUCGGGGAAGUUCCUACCGUAGUUGUAUCCUCCUCACACAUGGCCAAACAAAUCCUAAAAACUCAUGACCUAGCUUUUGCAUCUAGGCCAGAAACCAUGAUGGGAAAGAUUAUUUGUUACAAUUGUAAGGACAUUGCCUUUUCACCCUAUGGUGAUUACUGGAGACAUAUGCGUAAGUUGACUGUCCUUGAGCUACUUAGUGCCAAGAUGGUCAAGUCAUUCAGCCCUAUUCGACAAGAUGAGCUUUCAAAUCUCCUAUCAUCCAUUAGAUCAAUGGACUUAAAUUUGCCAAUCAACUUAGUCGAAAAACUUCUAUGGUUUAUGAAUGCCGCGACAUGUAGGUCAGCAUUUGGGAAUGUGUGUAAAGAUCAACGUGAAUUGAUAACAUUGAUUCAUCAAGCACAAUCAUUAUCUGGUGGAUUUGAGCUGGCUGAUUUGUUUCCUUCGAAAAAAUAUCUACAUGGGAUUAGUGGCAUGGAAUCUAAACUAAUGAAUGCUCGUUAUAAGAUUGAUGCAGUCUUGGACAACAUUAUCAAAGUUCAUAGAGAGAAUCAUGCAAAUGGAAAAAAAUGUAAUAGUGAGUCUGCAACUGAAGAUUUGAUCGAUGUUUUUUUAAGAGUCAUGGAGAGCGGUCAAUUUCCAGUUUCCCUGACAAAUGACAACAUAAAAGCAGUUAUUCUUGAUAUGUUCGUAGCAGGAUCUGACACAUCAUCUUCAACGGUUAUUUGGGCAUUAUCAGAAAUGAUGAGAAAUCCAAAUAUCAUGGCAAAAGCACAAGUUGAAGUGAGAGAAGUCUUUAAGGGAAAUAAAACAUGUGAUGAUGAUACUGAUCUUGAAAAUCUUAGUUACCUCAAGUUAGUGAUCAAAGAGACGCUUAGGUUACAUCCUCCAACUCCUUUGUUGGUCCCGCGAGAAUGCAGGGAGGAAACAGAGAUAGAUGGAUUUACCAUACCGUUGAAAAGCAAAGUCAUGGUUAACGUGUGGGCAAUAGGAAGAGAUCCCGAGAAUUGGGAAAAUCCUGAGUGUUUCAUACCAGAGAGAUUUGAGAAUAGUUCUAUUGAGUUUACUGGAAAUCACUUUGAGUUUCUUCCGUUUGGUGCUGGAAGACGGAUUUGUCCAGGAAUACAAUUUGGUUUAGCUCUUAUUACUCUUCCAUUAGCCCAUUUGCUUUGCAAUUUUGAUUGGAAACUUCCAGAAGGAAUUAGUGCAAGUAAUUUGGACAUGACUGAGGCAAAUGGAAUAUCUGCUAGAAGAGAGAAAGAUCUUUAUUUGAUUGCUACACCCUAUGUAUCUCCUCUCCAUUAA